AUGUGGCUAUACCUGGUAGCUCUGGUAGCUCUGUACCACAUUGUGCGCUGGUAUCGGGAGAGGCAAAUAGUGGACCAGCUUCAGGAUAAGUAUGUUUUCAUUACAGGCUGUGACAUAGGCUUCGGGAACCUGCUAGCCAGGCAGCUGGAUCUAAAGGGCUUGAGGGUGCUGGCUGCGUGUCUGACUGAGAAGGGGGCCGAGAGACUGAAGGCACAGACUUCAGACAGGCUGGAAACCGUGAUCCUGGAUGUUACCAAGUCAGACAACGUUGCUGCGGUCACCCAAUGGGUGAAGGAUCACAUAGGAGACAAAGGUCUCUGGGGUCUAGUAAACAAUGCUGGCAUUUCAGACCCAUCAGCUCCCAAUGAGUGGUUGUUCAAAGAAGACUUCAUGAAAAUACUGGAUGUGAACCUGUUGGGGUUAAUUGAGGUGACCCUUAGCCUGAUGCCCCUAAUCAGGAAGGCCAAGGGCCGUGUGGUCAACAUCUCCAGUAUUGGGGGCCGGGUGGCCCUUAUAGGUGGUGGUUACUGCAUAUCCAAGUUUGGUCUUGAGGCCUUCUCGGACACACUCAGGAGGGAGCUCUCCUUCUUUGGAGUUAAAGUGAUUGUAGUUCAGCCUGGUUACUUCAAAACCUAUCUGACAGACAUUGAGAACCUUUCUCAGAGCUCCCAGUAUGCUUGGGACCAUGCCAGUGAAGAGAUCAAGGAGGCCUAUGGAAAAAAUUAUCUGGCAAACACCUUGAAAUUGCAAAAAUUGUUAGCACCAUAUUUGUCUCAAGAUCUGUCCUUGGCAACAAACUGCAUGGAACAUGCCCUGACUGCCUGUCAUCCUCGCACCCGAUAUGUCGCUGGCUGGGAUGCCAAAUUGUUCUUCUUCCCCCUGAGCCACUUGCCCACAUGUUUGGCGGAUGCCAUCAUCAAAUUUACUAUCUGUUCAAGGCCUAUCAAGGCCAUUUGA